AUGGAGGAGAGGCAUGCAAUAGGAAGAGCUGGUCAGGGGAAGCAGGGGAGCGUGAAGCAAGCGAAACCGGUGAAUCUAGCGCUAGCCCGCCCGAGCCCGGGCAGGUGUCUCAACCAGUUGUCCGGGCGGGCCGCAGCGCCUGCCAUCUCCAGGCUUCGUGCCGUGACCACCGCGAAGCAAUGGUGUCUGGCUGGGGGCUCUGUUGGUUCUGAGCCGUGUGCGCUGCCCGCCACUGUCAGUGGCAACAAGACCGGUGCCUGGCCAAACAUUGGGGGGCUGAAAGGCGAUGAUGAGAUCGGCUAG